CCCACUACUAGUAGUCAUGGAUAGAAACUUGUAGAAAAUUUUGGGCAUCACUGCUGCCUGAAGCAGAUGUGCAUUUCAACCAUGAUAAUUGAAACCAAAUUUUCCAUUUUGGAAAUAUUUGUUGGUGAAGUAAGGUUUUUAACUGUAAAAAACAAAGUCACUGAAGCCACUUGAUUUCCCCAUACCCAGAUUUCGGUUUUCAGGACUUUGCUUGUUAGGUUUUAGAAUGUUCAGAUACAUGUAGACAGGAACAUUUUUGGUGUUAGUUUUCUAAAGCAAGUGCUUUAUUCGAUGAAAUUUGCCAUUGUAGAAGUGACCUAAUUCUUUUCAAUUGCUGGAUGAACCCUAAAACUAGGUUAGCCUGAAAAGAAUAUUAAUAAACCAUAAUAAAAAAUAACUUGAACAUGCUUUAUUCUUAGUUUUUUUCCUAUUAAAUAAGUUCAGUUGUUCUUAAGCUGGAAAUUCUGUAACUUUUUAAAAUCAUUUAUAAGGAUUUUCAAACUCCCGGCACAACUUUCCUGGACUUUUCUUUUUAACUUAGCGAAGUCUGUUGAAGCUUUUAUCAAGACUAUACACUUGGAAGAGCUCUGCUCUUCUGUUGAACCCAAAUAGAAGCUUGGCUCUCGAAAUGCCACAUAACAAGGGUUGUGUUUUCUUUUAGCCUCCCUCUCUCCUUGUGUCAUUCUGUCUAUCUGAAUACAAGUGCUUCUCUUGUGUUUUACAUUUUUUCACAGCCCACUUAAAAGAUUCCCCUGCCCCUCCCCCACUCCAGGUUAUGAAGAAAACUGUGAACUGGGCUCUUAGGACUGUGAUUAGCAACAUACUUGUUCUUGAGCUUGUUGACCAAGGAGCACAUCAUAGGAACGGCAGAGCUGCUCCCCAGCUUUGACCAAUCACAAUGGACUUAUGUGAAGUCACUACAGUUAAUAAUAAUAUCAACUGUAAUAUACGCUGAAGUUUCCCCACAGUCAGCGGAAUAAGGUAGUGCAAUGUCACAGGUCCUAGAGGGUUCAGUCUUUUUCAUUUGGCCUGGUUUGGCUGUACAGUGAAGAGCCUCAAGGAGUGAGACAGAAGGAUUGAGCUCCCUUGGCCCAGUAGGCUGUGGACAUUGUCCCAAGUCAUUGAACAUUGCUAUUAAGAACAUAGGCCAGAUCAGAUCAGAUAGACCUGGGUUUGAGUGUCAAUUCUCCAUUCAGUAGUUACCUUGGACUUCCAGACGAGUUUUAUCUCAGUGCUUCUGGGGAUAAUAGGGAGGUUCUGAAGAUAAAAUGAGAUCAUGGAGGCAAAGUGCUUUAAUGUACUAUCAGCUUUCGGUAAAUGCUGUUAUUAACUCUUAGCCAGGAACUAUAGCUUACUGAUGAACAUCUUCCAUGUGUCCGUGUGGGCUGUUGCAAGGGCUCAGCCUAAUGCCGUGAACUCAGGUGGCACCACUGAAAAGCAUCAAGCCGAGCUCUCAGCCCCCGGUUCAGGCUGGGGAUGAUGAGAAGAACCAGAGGAUCAUCACUGUCAACUCUGCCCACAUGGGGAAGGCGUUCAAGGUGAUGAAUGAACUGCGGAGUAAACAGCUGUUGUGUGACGUGAUGAUUGUGGCAGAAGAUGUCGAGAUAGAAGCCCACCGUGUGGUCCUGGCAGCCUGCAGCCCCUACUUCUGUGCGAUGUUCACAGGUGACAUGUCUGAGAGUAAAGCCAAGAAGAUAGAAAUCAAGGACGUGGAUGGGAGGACGCUGAAUAAGCUGAUUGACUACAUCUAUACGGCAGAAAUCGAGGUGACUGAAGAGAACGUCCAGGUGCUGCUCCCAGCAGCCAGCUUGCUGCAGCUCAUGGAUGUUCGGCAGAACUGCUGUGACUUCCUGCAGUCUCAGUUGCAUCCCACCAAUUGCUUGGGCAUCCGCGCAUUUGCCGAUGUGCACACCUGCACUGACCUUUUGCAGCAGGCCAACGCAUAUGCAGAGCAGCACUUUCCAGAGGUGAUGCUGGGGGAAGAAUUUCUUAGCCUCAGUCUGGACCAGGUGUGCAGCUUGAUAUCCAGUGACAAGCUGACCGUUUCUUCAGAGGAGAAGGUAUUUGAAGCAGUGAUUUCAUGGAUCAAUUAUGAGAAGGAAACCCGUUUAGAGCACAUGGCAAAACUGAUGGAACAUGUCCGUCUCCCUCUCUUACCUAGGGAUUACCUGGUCCAGACGGUUGAAGAAGAAGCUUUGAUAAAGAAUAACAACACCUGUAAGGACUUCCUCAUCGAGGCCAUGAAAUACCACCUGCUCCCUCUGGAUCAGAGGCUCUUGAUUAAGAACCCAAGGACCAAGCCCAGGACUCCAGUCAGCCUGCCCAAGGUCAUGAUUGUGGUUGGUGGCCAGGCACCCAAGGCGAUCCGCAGUGUGGAAUGCUACGAUUUUGAAGAGGACCGGUGGGACCAGAUAGCUGAGCUUCCCUCCAGGAGAUGCAGAGCAGGUGUGGUGUUCAUGGCUGGUCAUGUGUAUGCUGUGGGUGGAUUUAACGGCUCACUGCGCGUGCGGACAGUGGAUGUGUAUGAUGGUGUGAAGGACCAGUGGACGUCCAUCGCCAGCAUGCAGGAGCGCCGGAGCACUCUGGGUGCAGCCGUGCUCAAUGACCUGCUCUACGCCGUGGGGGGCUUUGAUGGAAGCACUGGCUUAGCAUCGGUGGAAGCCUAUAGCUACAAGACCAACGAGUGGUUCUUCGUGGCCCCAAUGAACACACGGCGGAGCAGCGUGGGUGUGGGUGUCGUGGAGGGGAAGCUGUAUGCUGUCGGGGGUUAUGAUGGGGCUUCCCGCCAGUGCCUGAGUACCGUGGAGCAGUACAACCCAGCAACCAAUGAAUGGACCUAUGUGGCAGACAUGAGCACCCGCCGCAGUGGCGCAGGGGUCGGGGUCCUCAGUGGACAGCUGUAUGCCACAGGCGGGCAUGACGGGCCCCUGGUGAGGAAAAGUGUUGAAGUUUAUGAUCCUGGAACAAACACCUGGAAGCAGGUGGCGGACAUGAACAUGUGCAGGCGCAACGCAGGGGUGUGUGCAGUGAAUGGGCUCCUGUAUGUGGUUGGAGGGGAUGAUGGAUCCUGCAAUUUGGCUUCGGUGGAGUACUACAACCCUGUCAUCGACAAAUGGACGCUGCUGCCAACCAACAUGAGCACGGGGCGGAGCUACGCAGGUGUUGCUGUGAUUCACAAACCCUUGUGACCCCAACUCCCACUGCCAGGAGGUGUGGGAGGGGAGGGGUGCUGCCUGUGACUGACAACGGCAGCACCAUGAUGCUGGGGGGCCACUUGCUGCGAGAGUCUGCGGUGGAGCCUGAAGUGCCCUCCUCCCAUGUGGCAAUGUGGCAAAGUGCGUCCAGUGUGAAGGCUGGUGACCUGCCUCCUCCCUGAGCAGUGGGUUCCUGACAGCUCCAGCACCUUCGGGCUUUUUAUGUGUGUUUCUAUGGGAAUACCUGAGACCCUGAAGUGUGUGUAUAUGUGCGUGUGUGUGUAUGUGUGUAGACCAUGGUGUUUCACUAAGUUGGGGAUGUGUGACAAUCUACUGGAUUUCUUUACUACUGAUCCUUCUAUGCUAAAAAUCAAAUCACAGAAACCUCUCUUCUGGAUUUGCCCCGUGGGAACCCUGAGAUGACUAAAGCUGCUGUCUUCUGGAGGCCAGAAAUGUCCAGAAGCAACUGGUGAGAGGGGCAUUGCCCUGACCAUGCCCACAUACUGGCCUUGACUACUGGCACUGUCUGCAAAAGAGCUGGGCAUUCUUGAAUCUGUACCAUGCCCUCUUUGUGCUAGAACUGGGAACAGAUGGGUUCCCCAGCUCCUCCCUGGGCUCUGCUCCAGGAAGCAGAUGACAACUGCCUAAUCCUUGGGCCACUGGUCUUUGAUGCGUGGAUUCAGGUUAAGGAGAGUUUGUGUCUCUUCAGCUGGGAAAACUAGCUCUUUGGAGAAGCCCUGAGUGACACUGGAGAAAAAAAAAAUCUAUAUAUACAUCAAAAACAAAAACAAAACAACAAACCAAAGUGGUAAGGUAGUUCCUGCCUAAAAUGGUCUGAGUGGAUCCUAUUUCUGAGUUUUCCUGUGAUAAGACAGACCCCCAUAUAUACUGGUUAUCUAGGCUUAAUUAUUCACAGCAUCCCAUUUUACUCUCAAAAGUGUUCUGGUUUGGAGGAUAAAUAAAGGGUCAUCCUACCUCCAAACCCAAAGAUAGUUUUGCCCCUGCUUUGGGUGGGGUCAUGUGUGAUUUAGGUGGACACGGAUGACUUCAAAGGAGUAUAUAUCAGCUGGGGCUGGCCCUCAGCACUUGAUGGCAGUGGUCAAUUGGCCAAGUCUGUCCAAUGUCCUCAUCUUCCUUUUCUUGUGCUCUCCCCCUGUUCCAGGGCCUGUACCCUUUCUCCAUCCUUCGGAAUCCUCCCCUCCUUGUUUUUCCUGAGGGAGGAGAUGGUGGUAAAUGCCCUGGAUGAGUGAUCUCUCUCAGGGAUAUUUACAUUUUAAAAGAGGAGCUUGAUAAGAGCUUUGAUAAUUCACAGGUAAAAAUUAAUGGCAGGACUUCCAAGCAUCUGGAGGGGGCAGAUAUUUAAGGGCAUAUGGAAUCAUUUUCAUUGAAAGAAAGAAAAAGAAAAGAAAAAGGAAGGAAGGAAGGAAGGAAGGAAGGAAGGAAGGAAGGAAGGAAGGAAGGAAAAAGAAAGAAAGAAAGAAAGAAAGAAAGAAAGAAAGAAAGACAGAAAGAAAGAAAGAGGAAAGAAAGAGAAAGAAAGAAAAAGCCUUUCCUAAAGGAGCAAGUCGUUUAUGUUGGAAUUUGUGGCAUCAGGAGGGAAGGCCUUGUGUCUGGAAAGUUGUGUCACACCGUGGGGGCUGGAGUUUAACCCUCCCUGAUUUGGGGCCCACUUACAGGAGCCAAAGGGCUUUCUGAAACCUGAUGUUAGACUUCUGAUAUACCUGGGGUACUUCCAAGCAGAUACUGCAGGAGACUGGCUUCCCCCCAGCUCACCCCUGCAGUUAGAAAGCCACUAGCCUCCCUAGCUGGUUGGCUGCUUUGUGUAUUUACUGUAUAUUUUUUGUGCACUAAACACUCAACUUUCCUGAAGAAGAAAUGUCUUCCGAUGUUGAGCGGAUGUUAUUUCAGUGAGACAUUUGGAGAGCAGCACCAAGGCAUCCAGAAUGUUUAGCGGCUUUGGGAAGAGGCUAAACUACCAGUAGCUUUGUUGGGCCUGGAGGAAAUGUCUCUAAAGCAAUCAAAGCAUGCCUUCAGUUGGGUGCUGUGUUCUCAGCUGGCCCUGGAGAUGGCUGGUUUCAGAGCCCUGCCUGGCUCUGGCUUGGAAGCUGAUGGAAUGAGCGUUUGUUGCAAUUGUUCUUCCUCCCUGUCAGAGGAAGGUUUGGGACUUUGUUAUGGUGUGCGGUGGGGAUGAGGUUGGGGGUUGGGGUCCGAUAUGUGCUAUUCACACAGCUCCCGACUUCAGAUUAAAGGUGUACUUCCCACCCAUUUCCCAACACCCAGGAGCUGGACUUCCAUGCUUUUGUGGGGGACAUUAUGUUUUUCAUCUUCCCUGAGAGCUAGCCAGCCCUGUUUUCUGCUUUCGGAGUUUUGCUAUUGGUUCCACCUCCCAUCUCCCUUUCCGGAAGCACUGUCCCCUGCUGGUAGUACCGCUGAGGCCAUGUUCAUUUCAUCCUCGCGUGUCCUUUCUCACGGGGACUAGAUCACUGGUAUGUCACCACCAAAAAGCCAGUCUGCUCUGGCUGCCCACAGAUGCCAUUUAAAACCUGCUGUCUCUUUAUCACCAGGUACGAUUCUCUCUCUAGUGGACACAACAAACUUGUUUUCAAGUCUGUGCUGGCCAUGUGGUAGGUGAACCCUUCACCCCCGCAUCGGGGUGGCUGCCAACUGCUUGUGAAUGCAACUUUGCCGCUGGUAAAUCUGAAAGCUGAUCACAGUAAUGAAAUGGAAUUGCAGCCCAAGGUUAGAAGCAGCUUAGACGCCACUUGGAUACUGAUUUGGACAACAUGGAAGUCAGACUCUGAAUUCCAAAGUUCUUUCUCCUAAGUACCUAAUGGCAUCUUUCUUUCUAAAAAGUUGCAGUAUUAUGCAAAUGACAGUGACCUCAUUUUCUGCUAUGCAAUAAGAAUACUUAAUUCUCUUUCAUGACAAACCAGUUGCAAUAUCCCCCAGCAUGCUUUUUGAGCUCUCUUACUUUGAUAUCUGUUGUGUAAUGUUUGUAUAUUCCUGAGCCAGAUCCUUUCAAAGAUUGCCUUUUUAUAAAAUUGAAGCUAAAGCUUUCAGGCUAAAAUUUUAAUGUAGAUAUUUUUAUAAGAUAAUUUUUUAGGAUAUUUGAAUUGAUUUUUAUUAUCCAUGAUGAUAAAAUGUUCUGUUCCAUUAGUCAUUCACUAUCAUAGUUCAUGGCUGUAGCUAUUUUCCCUUUGUUUCCCACUCUCCAAAAACUGAUUUUUCAGUAGUUCUCCAGAGAUGAGUCUCUUUGACUUUGAGUCCUCUUUUUCAGACCAUAUUCAAGGGAGAGUGCCAGAAAACUCAGUCACUGGUGUUUCUUGAAUUGCUUAGGGACUAAUGUUUAGCCUGACUUGGCAAUUAGCCAUCUAGAUUGCCUGUCCACUUUUUUUGGAGUUGGCUUUCUCUGCAGGGGUGAGGCUGGUUGGCCCAUCUCCUGGUGGCUGUCACUGCCUGGCACUAAGCUGGGUGCACUGUGGCAUGGUGGAGACGCUCCAGAGAAAGCCCUGCCCUCCAGUACAGACUCCCAAGGGUUUCCUAGGUCCAGCAAUCCAGUCCUCAUUCUUUUCGAUCUCCUCGUUCUUCUGAAGCUUCUACCAGCUAAAGGCCUUUGUUGCUGGAUGAUGUCCCUUUUGGAAGUACCUUGUCUGUGAACUUUAAAUGAGGGGUCACUCUUCAUGAUCUUUAAGAAUGUGUUUAGCAUAUGCUUUACAAAUGCUCACACUACACCUGAAACUUGUUUCUUGAGCUGUGUCUGUACUCCCAGGCUCUACUUUGUGUAUUUAUCUGCCAUUAGCCUCAUUUAAAAAAAAAAUCUUUAUUUUUAUUAUUAUCGGGACAGGUGCCAUUUUAAUUGCCUCCAUGCUCCCCAUUUGCACCUUGUUGGAUCAGGUUGGGAGGUUGAGCAAACUCAUAUUCUAAGCUUGAGUUUUUAAGGCUUUGUUUGCCUGGAGAAGCAAGGAGGUUGGAAUGUAUUAUUAUUUUUUUAAGUGUUUGCACUAUUUAGAGUCCUAAGCCCCUCAUGUUUAGCUGUGCUGUGUGUGCUGUGUGACCAAGCAGGUGAGCCAGCAGCACUUUGGACAUUUGGGAAUGGAAGAGACUUCUUCCAUUGUGGAUAAUCACAACCUCGUAGCCCCUGCACAGCCUUUGUCAUGUGGCUGAGUGACGUGUGGGUGUGGCAUCAACCCAGGCAGGAAUGCAUGUGACUGUGGCAUUUGAAGAAACAAAUUGCCCUAGUACUAUAUUCUUGCCUCUGCUUGAGAUUGAAAAUUUUUCCCCCCCUUUAUGGUGGCAAUAAAGGACCCUUGUUGGACUUCUUGUUUAAUUUGUAUAUGAUGUAGGAAAUACUUCGAAAGAAGACUCAAGACACUGAAUGUGUAUGUCUGUGUGGGUGCUCUGUCCAUGUGGUUGUCCAUAGGCAGGCAGACUUGAUGACUAACAGCCUGUUAACACAUUGCAUCCGUAAGGUCCUUGCUUUGGUAUUCUCUGCUAGGAUGUUAGAGACCAUAUAUCUUGUAAAAGAACGCUCAUCAUGUGCUCCAUCAGUUACAGUGAUAGCUGAAAAAACUGUUACUCAAAUGUAUUAUUUUAACAGGAAUCAAGUUCUAGUUUCCCAUACUCUAUGUGACUUUAAUUUUAAUAAAAUCUGAACUGUGAAAA